GGGGCAAAUGCGCCUCUGGUCGGCUUCCCCCACUGCGCUUGGAAAACGACCCCCGUGCGCCCCGGGUUCAAAGGCCCGACGCGGCAGCUCCAGCCCCUCGGAGGGGCGGGGAGGCGAAGGGGGUGGUGCGGGAGCCAGAAAAAGCCACAGCCGUCCAGCCCUGCGCAGGGAUGGGCAGCGCGCUCUGAAAGUUCGUGACCGCCGCAGUCAACUAACUCUUUGCUGGGACGCGCAGCUCAGGCAGAGGCAGGACUACAAAGCUGUACCCGGUCCCAGUGCCCUUUCGAGAGCGGCCACCCUCCAGGCCCGGUGCUCCCGCGCCUGACCAGGGUUCAUGGAGCCGGGGCUGUGGCUCCUUCUCGGGCUCACAGUGACCUCCGCUGCAGGAUUUGUGCCUUGCCCCCAGCCUGGGGGCUCUGGCAGAACCAGCGUGUCCCAGGACCCCUCUGAAGCUGGCUCAGAGGGGAACUGUGAAGAGACUGUGGCCCCAACAGCUGCACAGCCUAGAAGUCCUGGAAGUGCUGGUCCGGAACGGGGACUCGGCAGGUCUGGGGAGCAGGAAGCUCAGGGGACCCCUGCACACCCCCGACCCCGGCGGUGCACAUGCUUCACAUAUAAGGACAAGGAGUGUGUCUACUACUGCCACCUGGACAUCAUCUGGAUCAACACCCCCGAACAGACUGUGCCCUAUGGACUGUCCAACUACAGAGGAAGCCUUCGAGGAAAGAGGUCCUCCGGGCCAUUUCCAAACAGCUCCCAGCCUUCUUCACGAACACGCUUGCGCUGUGCUUGUAUGGGAAGAGAUGACAAGGCCUGUGCACUCUUCUGUGCGCACACCGCAGAUAUCAACAGUGAUUCCUGGAGACCAGCUGCAGAAGAGAAGGGGGAGACCAGAGGCACACGUCAGAGGUUGAAGUCAAAGACAGAUAAAGGCCGCCGGCCAUAGCUGUGUGCUACCAAUGCUUCUUGCUUCCUGCAGAGAACUUCACCCUCCUCUCCCUGCCUGCCAACUGCCUUCCAGGAAAGAGCCAUUGUGCUUACUUACACAGUUCAAAUUUCCUCUUUAGGGACAAGGAGGGAAUUGACCUGAGGGGGGGGGGUGGGAGAAAGAAAGAAAAACCCAUUCAAAGAGCCCCCACUUUCCAGUAUACCCCUACCCCAAGAAUGCCCAAAUCCAAAAGACCCCAGCUUCCCUAAUGGGAAAAAUGAUCCCAGAUGUGCCCCGGGGGCCAGAUGCCUGCAGCUCCGGUUUCACGGGGAAUUGUUUGGGAGGUAUGUUAACUCUGAAAGCUACUUACUAGCUUCUGACAUGACUCCUCUUGGAGAGUAAGUGGACACCAGGCUGGCUCUUUACAAAAGUAAACAUACGACCAUCUCCUAGAAGAUGCAGGACACCCAUGUGGCCGGAGUAGCCCUGUUCUGCAGCCUGCCAGGCCUGCCCGAGUUAGAGGGUGCAAGGCCAAGUCCUAGCUGUGCUAAAUGUCUAGCUGUGCUUGGUACUCACCAAAAGAAUGGAUCUCAAAAGCGGGAAGAAAAGGAAGACAAGUAACCUCGACAUUUGUGAGACAAACAAGAGAAAACACAUUCUUGAUGGUUUUGAACUCUGGGGCACACAGCAAAGAGCUGUGGGUUCUGGGGGAUGGCCUCGUGUCAGAGCUCCCAAGCCUGCCUUGCAGGGAGCUGCCCUGAGGAGAGUCCAGCUCAAGGUUAUUAGGCUAAAUAUCUGCUUUCAUGAAUAAAUGUGGAUCUUUAGGGAGUGACUGCAAAAUAAGCUGGAAACACAAACUCCUUGUACAUUAUGUAAAUUCCUGUUUAUCUAUAUAAUUGGCAACAACUGGGAAUUGUAACUCCUGAUGCUUUAAAAUCUUUUAGUUGAACUCUUUCUGCUGUGUUCAUGGAGAGUGUGCGCUGGGGAGUGGAUCGUGAGUUCCCAUGUAAACUCGGCUAUGCGGGCCCAGCUGGGGACAGUCUGCCCACCUCCCCACCAGGCUUCACAUCAAUGAGAACCUGUCUUUGGGUAGGGUACCAUGUGGAGACACUUUAGAUGGUGUGUGAAGUGGGGUAUUAACCAGAUGUUGAACUUCGGAGGAGCGCCUCCUAAGUUAUUCCAGGUGUGAUUGUGCCCGUCUA